GCGCAAUAAGCCAGUGGUUCCGAGAACGCGCGCGGAUUGUCCACCAUCUCAGCGCUUCAGGCAGUGACAUGUCUUAUCAUUUAUCCCCCUAACAUAUAACUGUUUCCCCACGGACGCUGCUUUUCCUGUUUGCGAAGUGGAUGGACAGAUUAUGUGCAGAUCUUUCCUGGGACCAUUAUGUAUGUGGAUUACUGAGUAUUUUGUAGGAGCUUCUCUUCGACCAUUACUUUAAAGGGAUGAAACGGAAAAGAGCAGAUAUCCUUUACCAAAGCAAUGAGUGAGUCAUCGGCCUUUCACUCAGCAAAGCUUGUGUCACUGGCACGAUCGCUGUCUGGGUUUGGACUUGAUGCUGCAAAUGGAGGAGCUGUCACCCCACCUGACAGCAAUGAGCCCCCACCACCAGAUUCUGGCAUUGAUCUUGGACCUGGACUCUUUUUUGCUGAUGGGAAGAGAAAAGUGGACUAUGUACUUUGUUACAAAUGCAAAAAGAGGCGGGGUUCUAAACCCAGAUUAUCAAUUUCAUCCAAUGGGAAUUUGCCAAUAAUUCUACCAGUUCGACUGGAGACUGAAGCAGAAUCUGGGGAGGCAGGCGGAGCAGCGGGAGAUGCAGAAGACUCAAAGCUUUCUGAGGAGGAGAAGGCUCUUAUGAGGGAGGAGUUUGAAGCUGGACUGCUGGAGGCUGGACUACAGAUUGAACGUGACAAAGAAAAGUCAAAUGGCAUCAGCUUUAUUCGACUGCACAUCCCAUGGUCAAUUCUCAGUCGUGAAGCAGAGUUACAGAAGAUUAAGGUCGCUGUGAAAAAGAAAUGUGAAUUGCGGAAAAGGACAGGCAUUGUUGGAAUGUGGGAUACUGUUGUCAACCAACUUAACAGACCAUUUCAGCCCCACGUCCCCAACAAUGACAUCCACCAAGACUCGCAGUCGCGUGUCCAUUUCAAAACCCUCAAACACUCAUUCAUCAGAGACAAGCUGCACCUGUAUGACAUCAAGUCAACAGCAACUUUAUUUGACAAUGCAACAAGGAGCAGAAUAGUUGCUGAGAUAAUUUCACGUACUACCUGCACACGCACUUGCCAAACCACAGGCAUCAACUCAUUGCUGGCUCGAGGUGUUUACAUUUCUGCCUUCCCUCUGCACGAUGGUUCAUUUACAUGGAAAGGAGGAAAAGAUCAACGGAAUGACAGACAGCUUCUCCAUGAAGAGUGGGCCAACUAUGGUGUCAUGUUCAAAUAUCAGCCUGUUGACCUAAUCAGGAAGUACUUUGGAGAGCAAAUUGGGUUAUAUUUUGCCUGGCUGGGUGUCUAUACUCAGCUUCUCAUACCACCCUCUGUGCUGGGCAUCAUUGUCUUCCUGUAUGGCAUAUUUACCGUAGAUACCAAUGUGCCAAGUCAGGAGACUUGUGAUGACAACCUGAACAUCACAAUGUGUCCACUGUGUGAUGCUGUGUGUGAUUACUGGCGAUUGAGUUCAGUGUGCUCACUGGCCCGAGCCUCGUACCUGUUCGACAAUGGCGCCACUGUUCUCUUUGCUAUCUUCAUGUCCCUGUGGGCUGCAUGUUUCCUUGAACACUGGAAGAGGAGACAGAUGUGUCUGAAACAUUCAUGGGACCUGACGAGCUUAGAGCAUGAAGAGGAGCGAGUUCAGGAUGAACUGCGACCUGAAUAUGAAGAAGCUCUUCAGGAGAAGAAGGCAAAAUUAAAAUCACUGGCUAAAAAGAAGAUGACUCAUUCUGGAGAAGGUGUAGAUGGAGAAACGGACCAGAUGCUGACCUCACAGGCAGAACCCGAGUCCUUGGACAUUGAGGAUCACCUGUCAGGUUAUCUCAUCAAUGUGUCCACCUUACUGCUGCUGAUUUUUGUCACCUUUUCUGCAGUGUUUGGUGUGGUAGUUUAUCGCAUCUGCAUGUUAAGUGUUUGGUCCAUGAACCCUGAUCCCGAAGCCAAGGCCAGUGUGAGAAUGACCGUAACCACCACAGGCAUCGUCCUCAACAUGUUGGUCGUUCUGGUAUUGGAAGAGGUCUAUGGAGCAAUCGCUGUGUGGCUGACUGAGCUUGAACUUCCUAAGACCGAGGAAGAGUUUGAAGAGCGGUUAAUCUUUAAGUCUUUCUUCCUGAAAUCCAUGAACGCCUUUGCCCCUAUUUUCUAUGUUGCCUUCUUCAAGGGCAGAUUUGCUGGGAGGCCAGGUGAUUAUGUUUACGUUUUCGGAGACUAUCGCAUGGAGGAGUGCGCUCCUCCAGGCUGCCUCAUCGAGCUGUGCAUCCAGCUUAGCAUGAUCAUGCUCGGAAAACAGCUCAUUCAAAACAAUGUCUUUGAGAUUGUCAUCCCUAAAAUGAAAAAGAUGUACAGAACAAUUCAGGAAGAAAAGGGAAAGAAAAGAGCAGCAGAGAAUGAAGAGAACGAAACAGAAGAGAUAAGACCAAAGCAACAGUUUGACAAAGAUUUUGCUCUUGAACCCUUUGAGGGUGUCAGUCCAGAGUACAUGGAAAUGAUUAUCCAGUACGGAUUUGUGUCACUGUUUGUUGCUUCCUUUCCGCUGGCACCUGCAUUUGCUCUGCUCAACAACGUCAUUGAGAUUCGCUUGGAUGCUGCAAAAUUUGUCACAGAGAUCAGGCGACCAGAUGCAGUCAGGUGUAAGGACAUAGGGAUUUGGUACAACAUUCUGUGUGGAAUCAGCAAAUUCUCUGUCAUUACCAAUGCAUUCGUCAUCUCCUUCACAUCAGAGUUUGUUCCAAGAAUGGUCUACCAGUACAUGUACAGUGGAAACGGUACCAUGAGUGGCUACACGGAGCACUCACUGUCCUACUUCAAUGUCAGCAACUUCCCACCUGGGACAGCACCAACCACCACACUCAUUACCGGUGUCACCAUGUGCAGGUACAAGGACUACAGAGAUCCCCCAUGGGCACCAGAUGCCUAUACGUUCUCCAAACAAUACUGGUCUGUCCUUGCUGCCCGGCUGGCCUUUGUAAUAUUCUUCCAGAAUCUCGCCAUGUUCCUCAGCAUGCUGGUAGCUUGGAUGAUCCCAGAUGUACCACGAUCAUUGCGGGAACAGCUGAAAAAAGAAAACAUGGCGUUGAUGGAGUUCUUGUUAGAACAAGACCAAGAAGCAUGUGCCAAAACACUGUCCCCAAAACGCUCAAUCCCCUCCUUUCCUGCCAACAUAGACAUUGUAGUGGAGGAGGCACCAGAAGAGGAGGUUGUGUGCCAAGUGGGUGAGAAAAAGGAGGAAGUCUGUGUUGAAAUCAGUCUGGAUGAACCAGGAAGGUUUGAUACUGACAUGGAGGUUUAUAAUUUAUUGGAAGAAGCUGAAAAUAAAGAAUAUGAGCCAGGAGGGGAAGAGUGUGAGGAGGACUUUAAGAUGGAAAGCAAAGAUGAGAAAGAAAAUGGAGAAGCAAGGACAGAGGGUACAGGAGAAAAAGAUCAAACAACAGAGAGCAAUGAAGGGGAAGUUUAUGAAGCAAAGGCAAGCGAGGAGGAGAACUUAACCGUAGAUCUGGACUCUUUCAUGAGUGACCUCGGUCUUUUAGAUGAAGAGCCUGUAUCAAGCACAGCUGUGGAAAAGGAGCUUCCCCGCUCAGAAUCCAAACAAGGUCCACAGGAGCCUGCAUCCCGACCCUUAUCCCAAAGAGGCUCGUCCCAGAGUCUGAAAGGCUCCAGGCGAGACAUUACAACAUCAAACGUUGAAACUAGGAUGUUGACUCUAAUAGCUCCUCCUCCCAAAGAGCCAGACCCGAGAGUAAAAUCUCGUUGCUCCACCCUUCCUUCCCGUUACAGAGCAGCUGAGGCUUGCUACAGCCUGCCCCGGCCUAGCCAAUCCACCAGCCUGACAAAGCUCCAGCAGCAGCCCUCGCUUACUCCCCUGGUUCCUUUGGGCUGCAUAUCCCCCAAACAAUCCUCUCCCUCACACAGUUCAGUGUCCCUUUCAUCUCCACAGUCAGCAUUUACUCAACAGCCCCAAGCCUCAAGUGAACUUUUUGUACUAAAAGGCCCUCCAACUCAGCUGCCACGUUCCAGGGGUAAGAGCCGCUGCUCCACCCUGCCUCCUCGUCAGAGAGUGGCCUGUCCCGAAGAGGCAGCCUCAAGACCAAGUCAUUCUUCCAGCUGUGCGAAGCUUGGUGAUUGCAUUCCUCCUUCACCCAGUAAGCUAAAGCAUAAUAACACUCCAUUAUAAGGAGAGAGCAGAGCAUCAAAUGGAGGCUAUAGUCUGCAGAAGGAUAGGGAGGACUAACAAGAUUAGCCUCUCCUGUUUGUGCCUGAGGCUUCAAACCUCCUGCUGUCCUUCUCACUUGCUUACCCCAGGGCUCAAAAGAGCCCAUCCAAUGGAUAUCCUUUUUACCUGU